CCUAAGCCCGAAAUAUCACAAUCUCCUCCAAAUAUAAAGAAAAUGAGCAAUUCUUUUUUCUGGUGUUUGAACUUUGAAGAAUAAACCCUAGAGAGAAAGCAGCAGCUGCAGUUAGAAACCCUGGGAGGCACUGCCGAUUGAGAAACAUCAUGAAGUUCAACAUCGCAAAUCCAACAACCGGCUGCCAGAAAAAGCUGGAAAUUGACGAUGAUCAAAAGCUGCGUGCCUUCUACGACAAGAGGAUCUCUCAGGAAGUCAGUGGAGAUGCUCUUGGUGAUGAAUUCAAAGGGUAUGUUUUCAAGAUUAUGGGAGGCUGCGACAAGCAGGGGUUUCCAAUGAAACAGGGAGUGUUGACUCCUGGCCGUGUUCGGCUUUUGCUUCACAGAGGAACUCCAUGCUUCCGAGGACAUGGAAGACGUAAUGGGGAGAGGAGAAGGAAGUCUGUUCGUGGUUGCAUUGUCAGCCAAGACCUUUCUGUUUUGAAUUUGGUUAUUGUUAAGAAGGGGGAGAAAGAUCUUCCUGGUUUGACCGACACUGAAAAGCCCAGGAUGAGGGGUCCUAAGAGGGCUUCAAAGAUCCGAAAAUUGUUCAACUUGUCUAAGGAGGAUGACGUUACAAAGUAUGUCAAUACAUACCGCCGUACCUUCACAAACAAAAAAGGCAAGCAGACAAGCAAGGCUCCAAAGGUUCAAAGGCUUGUGACUCCCCUUACUCUGCAAAGGAAGAGGGGACGCAUUGCAGAGAAAAAGAAAAGGAUUGCCAAGGCAAAGUCUGAAGCGGCGGAUUACCAGAAGCUUCUUGCCUCAAGAUUGAAAGAACAGCGAGAUCGUCGUUCUGAGAGCCUUGCAAAGAAAAGAUCAAGACUUUCUGCUGCAACUAAGCCUGCCGCUUAGUUUUCACCAUCAUGUGUUGCAUCCUUGUUUCUUUCUGCCUCUGGAAUGAUUUUGUUGUCCUUUAGUUUUUGUUACUUUAAACUUUGAAGAACUUGAUGGUAUUUUAUGGAGCAGUAAGCUUAUAAGCUAGCUAGUGUUAUGCUUGGACAGCUGAAAAUUUUCCAUUCCCCUGCGCAGUUUGAUAUGAAUAUAUUUUAAUUAGUUAUUUUGGAGCA